ACUACGUCGUGUCGAUAAUGUAUGGCACAUCUCUACUUUACGAUGCGAUUGAAAAUAAGGAAAUAGAAAUGGCUGAAUUACUAUUAAAUCGUGGAGCUAACGUUAAUGCCAGUGAUGAGUCAGGUGUUACACCACUGUGUCUUGCUGUUAAAAAAGGACAUGUAGAUGUUGUUAAGAUGCUCAUAGACAGAGGUGCUAACGUUAAUACUAAAACUCGGGAUGGCACAACUCCGCUUCACUAUGCGAUUAAAUAUAAGAAUAGGAAAAUUGCUGAAUUACUAUUAAAUCAUAGAGCUAACGUUAAUGCCAGUGAUAAGUCAGGUGUUACACCAAUGUGUCUUGCUGUUGAAAGAAGAUAUGUAGAUGGUAUUAAGAUGUUCAUGGACAGAGGUGUUAACGUUGAAACUUUGUUUGGCACAUAUUCGCUUCAUGAUGCGAUUGUAAAUAAGGAAAUAGAAAUUGCUGAAUUACUAUUAAAUCGUGGAGCUAACGUUAAUGCCAGUAAUAGAUACGGUGUUACACCACUGUGUCUUGCUGUUAAAGGAGGACAUGUAGAUGUUGUUAAGAUGCUCAUGGACAGAGGUGCUAACGUUUUUGCUAAAACUUUGGAUGGCUCAACUCUACUUCACUAUGCGAAGAAUAUGAAAAUUGCUGAAUUACUAUUAAAUCAUGGAGCUAACGUUAAUGCCAGUAAUAAAUACGGGUUUACACCACUGAGUUUUGCUGUUGAAACAAGUCCUGUAGAAGUUGUUGCGAUGUUGUUAGACAGAGGUGCUAACAUUAAUGUUAUAUCAUAUAAGGAUUAUUAUGACUCUUCUAGUCGCAUCUAUCGUGGAGAAAUUGCUGAGUGUCUUAAACAGCAUAUAGUUAAGUUAAAAGCUGCAAAUUUAUUCGUGAGUGAACAAUUAUUAUCAAUGAGCAGCAAUUAUGAAAUAAGAGAUUUACAGGAUAAAUGUGAAAGAGAAGUAGCAUUCAUGAAGAAUGAGAAAAUUAGUAAUACUAGCAUAUCAUUUUACGAUAUCUUGAUAAAAGAUACAAAUCUAGAAGCAAUAUACAUGAAAAAUGAAAAUGUAGUGCAGGUUUUAAGAUCAGACGAGUAUAAAACAAAAUUUCCAAUAUACUUUAGCAUGAUAAAAAAUCAGUUCAGAAAUGGUAUGAAAAGGAAAGAGUUGCUCGAACAAGGCAUUAAAAUUUUCUAUUUUUUCUGUAACUUUCCUGAGCUACCACUUGAGUGUAUUGAACAAAUAUUUAGUUAUCUAAGAGAUGAUGACAUAAGAAUUUUAAUAGAUAAUUGUAAGUCUGUUAGUGUCAGUACUUAAUACUGAUAUUAAUAAUAGAAAUUACUUCAAAUACAUCUAAAGUGCUAUGUGUGUAAGUUAAGGAAGAACAAACUACUUUAAACAUGAAAUAACAGCUAUAAAAACUUAAAGAUUAUUGCUGUAUUUUAAAUACAGAUUACUAUCUUAUUUUGAAAUUAUUUUUUUUUUUUAAGAUUUUAUCUUAUCCUACUUUUUUGAAAGUUGUUUUAUACGUUUACAUUCUCUUGGACGUGUUUUUUUUUUUAUGGUGGAUCCAAGGAAAACUAGGCUGUUUUAUAUCUUCCACUUUUUCUUUGUAUCAGAUUUUAUAACAUUUGUAUAACGCAAAAUUUAUAUACAUUAAUCCGAUGAUACUUUUUUAUUGAACAGAGUGUAACACGUGUAAUUGCUUUUAUUAAUUUAAAAAAUAAAAUUAGAGUGAAAAGCUUUGAAUUAAUCUUUGUUUUU